CGUGAGGACUGUCAGUGCGUGGUUUCAGGGGUCGAGGCUUCACGUAUACAGGCUUACAGGCUUUCAGGUUUUCAUCUGGAGAGUUUGGCGCUGCAGAUUGUGACUGACAUCCUAAGACAGAGCCGGAGGAGUUAUAACGGCAGCCUGUGCCCUUUUCAAACCAGCCGAUAUGAGCAAGAAUGAUUUAAUCAUCCCCAAGGACUUUCCUGAGCUAAAGAAUGAUGCAUUCCUUCGAGCAGCACGAGGAGAAGAGACUGAGCAUGUCCCAGUCUGGUGCAUGAGGCAGGCAGGACGGUAUCUACCAGAGUUCCGUAAGUCAAGAGAAGGGAAGGACUUCUUUGAAACGUGUCAGUCGCCAGCGGCCUGCUGUGAGCUCACCCUGCAGCCUCUGAGACGUUUUCCUUUCGAUGCCGCUAUAAUCUUCUCUGACAUCCUCGUUGUCCCCCAGGCGAUGGGCAUGGAUGUCCAGAUGGUGCCGGGUAAAGGUCCAACAUUCCCGGAGCCCCUGAAGGAGCCGGAGGACCUGCAGCGCCUGCGGGCCAAAGUGGACGUUAAACAGGAGCUGGACUAUGUUUUCAAAGCCAUCACGCUGACCCGGCACAAGAUAGAAGGCAAAGUGCCGCUCAUAGGAUUCACAGGAGCGCCGUGGACACUCAUGUCCUACAUGAUCGAGGGCGGCGGCUCCCCCACCCACUCCAAAGCAAAGCGCUGGCUUUACCGGCACCCCGAGGCCAGUCACAUCCUCCUGGGCCGGCUGACCGACGUGAUCGUGGAGUAUCUGCUGGGUCAGGUGGCAGCGGGAGCUCAGGCGCUGCAGGUGUUCGAGUCUCAUGCCGGCAUCCUGGGACCAACAGAGUUUAAGGACUUCUCUCUGCCGUACCUCCGAGACAUCGCCCGCCGCGUCAAAGACAAACUCAAGGAGAACGGACAGGAUGUUCCCAUGAUUGUCUUUGCUAAGGAUGCUCACUACGGUCUGGAAGAUCUUUCACGGUCUGGUUAUGAGGUGGUCGGGCUGGACUGGACCUUAGACCCGCGAUCAGCACGGGAGCGGACGGGAGGGAAGGUCAGCCUGCAAGGAAACAUGGACCCUUGUGCUCUCUAUGCUCCCAAGGAGCGCAUUUCAGAAAUCGUGAAGAAGAUGUUGGAGGGUUUUGGAACCAAGGGCUACAUCGCUAACCUGGGCCACGGCCUUUACCCCGACAUGGACCCGGAGAGCGUCGGCGCCUUCGUCGACGCCGUGCACCAACACUCAAAACUUUUAAACAAACAAAUAUGAAGAGCCGUGCUCUGUUGGACGACACCAAAGAAGAAGUGUGCUUAAUUUAAUUAUGAGAGAAUUAUGACUGAGUUGGAAUUAUUUGUUUUUUUGAAUAGAGAAUAACAGAUGACUCGUCCUGCUUUGCUCACUGAAUUCAAUAAAUCAACUUUCUAUCAUUUGUA